GUGUGUGUGUGUGAGUCAGCAGCUAUUGAUGCUGUGUUUGGCCAUCGCUCCUGUCCUACACCCUCCGGGGCGCUAGGUGGCGGUGUGCGGCCAAACAUCGCGGUGUUUCCUGCUAUUUAUGCCCCCGGAAAGCAAUAAACUCACGUGAAAACAUGUCGGUAGCGUCUGUCCCUGCUGCCCACUGCGAUGCCGUUUACCCGAUGAAGCUGAUCUUGUAACCUGGGUGGAAAUGUCGGGGUUCAGCGCGGAGCUCAUCGAUUACCUGGAAGGCAGAAUAACCUUCGAAGAGUUCGACAGAAGGAGGGAUGAGCGGAAGACGGAGCAGGAGUCAGAAGAACCUGAAGAAGACGAAAGCAAACCUUCCACCUCGGCACAAGCAAAGGCAGCCAUUGAGGACGGAGUCAGCCCGGGAGUCCAGCAGGCCUUCGCUUCCAUUCUGGGGGAAACGGUAGAAGCUCCGUCUUCAGAGGAGGAAGAGGAGGAGGAGGAGGACAGCUUGAGCUACGUUGACGAUGAAGAGGACAGGGACUACAAUGCGGAGGAGGAAGAGGAGACCAAGGAGGCGACCAAGGAAACGAAGAGGAGGCCGAGGCAAGGGGGCAGAAGAAGUGGGAAAAGAAGCCUGAGGAGCAAGCUGAAGGAGGAAGAGGAGGAGGAGGAGGAGGACAUGACGGUCGGAGACGUGUUCAAACUGGAGAUGGAGCUGAACCGGGAGAACAAGAGGUACAUGAAGGGGCGUCGCCAUGGCAGCAAGCUGCCCCAGGCUCUCAGGGGCCUGAUGGGAGAGGCCAACAUCCGCUACGCUCGCGGGGAGAAGGAGGACGCCAUCUUGAUGUGCAUGGAGAUCAUCAGACAAUCUCCUCUGGCCUACGAGCCGUUCUCCACGCUGGCCAUGAUCUACGAGGACAACGGAGACGUGGACAAGGCGCUGCAGUUCGGGCUCAUCGCCGCCCACCUCAACCCCUCAGACUGCGAGGAGUGGAUCCGGCUGGCCGAGCUGUCCCUGGAGCAGGACAACAUCCGGCAGGCCAUCAUCUGCUACAGCAAAGCCAUCAAGUACGACCCCACCAACGUGCGCUACCUGUGGGAGCGUUCCAGCCUCCACAUGCGUUUGGGGGAGCAUAAGCAGUGCAUGGACGGCUACCGCAAGAUCCUGUCUCUGCUGGCUCUGGAGGACGGCGAGCACUUCAUGCAGCUGUCCAAGGACAUGGCUAAGAGCUACUACGAGAGCAACGACCUGCCCUCAGCGCUCAGCGUGAUCGAGGACGGUCUGGCCCGACACCCCGACCUGGUCAGCGACGACUUCACCAACAUGGCGGCCGAGCUCUACAUCUGCAGCCGGCGGUACGAGAAGGCCCUGCAGGUUCUGGUCAAAUUUGCAGACGUCGUGUUGAUUCGAGCAAAGUCCCCGUCAGAAGGCGGCACCGCCGGCGGGCCUCAGAAAGACGUGAAGGGAGAGGAAGAGGACACGAAGUCCAGCAGCGCAGGGGACGCCACGGCGGAGGGGGACGCCACGGCGGUGGAGGGGGACGUCAAGGUGGCAGAGAGGGACGCAGCGGGGGACGCCACGGCAGAGGGGGACACUGCAUCGGGGGACAUCAAGGUGGCAGAGAGGGACACAGUAGCGGAGGACAGUGCAGCAGAGGACACUCGGGAAAUUCUGGAUGUCCAGGUACCAGACAGCGUCCCGGUGGACCUGCGGGCCAAGCUGAUCGUCUGCCUCAUCCACCUGAACGCCUUCGACCCAUCCGAGGAUCUAGUGGCGUCUUUGACGGAGCAGAGCACGGAGGAGAUCGGAGACCUGUACCUGGACGUAGCAGAGGCGUACCUGGAGCAGGGCCGCUACACGUCGGCCCUGCCUCUGCUGUCGGCCCUCGCCGUCUCUGAGAAGUACGACCUGGCCGUGGUCUGGCUGCGGCACGCAGAGUGUCUGAAGGCCCUGGGCCACAUGCAGGAGGCCGCAGAGAGCUACACCAAGGUGGUGGAGAUGGCGCCGCUGCACCUGGAGGCCCGGCUGUCUCUGGCCACGCUGCAGCAGCAGCUAGGCCGCAUGGACCGCGCCCUCAAAGCGCUGGAGUCCAUGUAUGACGGAGAAACCCUGGCACAGGAUUCAUCCGCUGCACAGAAGGAACUGAAGCUGCUGCUGCACCGCUCCACGCUGCUGAAGACCCAGGGCCAGAUGCAGGACUACCUGGACGCCAUGAUCACCAUGAUCUCCAUGCUUCUAAAGGUCGCCAUGCAACGGGCCAUGGUGUGCGUCCGCUCCGUGACUCUGGGGGGACAGAAACACCUGAGGCUGGUGAAGGUUCAAGACGUGCAGCCAGAAAUCGCCGACCACGAGAGCGCCUACAUGGACAACAUGUGUAAGACCAACGUUUUAUCCAAAGAGGACUGGUGGGAGCUGCUGCUGAGCUGCCUGCAGGGGCUGUGCGAGGUGAAGCGCUACGAGGAGGCCAACCUCCUGGUGGAGUCGGCCAUGGAGUUCUACUCCUUCUACGACAACAAGCCCAAGAGGAAGGAGCUGGAGUUCAUCGGCCUCUCCUCCACCGUCCUGAACCACGACUUCUACAAGGCGUACAACUACAUCAGGUUAAUGAUCAUAGAAAACGUAGACCUGCCUCAGUACUGGAACGUCUUUAACCAGGUGACCAUCUCCUCCCAGCACCAGCGUCACCAUCGCUUCUGUCUGCGGCAGCUGUUGAAGCACCCUGACAACCACGCACUGUGCGUCCUCUCUGGACACAACGCCAUGGUGUCGGGAAGCUUCAAGCACGCUCUGGGCCAGUACGCUCAGGCUUUAAGGACCCACCCUGAGAACCCGCUGCACCACCUCUACGUGGGGCUCACCUACUUCCACAUGGCGGCCCAGAAGUACGUGGCCAAGCGGCACGCGCUCAUACUGCAGGGGUUCACCUUCUUGUGGCGGUACGUGGAGCUGCGCGGGCUCUGCCAGGAGAGCAUGUACAACCUGGGCCGGGCGCUGCACCAGAUGGGCCUCACGCACCUGGCCAUACAUUAUUACCAGAAGGCCCUGUUGACCCCUGCUUGGAAACUGGAGGGCAUUCCAGACGACCAGGCCGACCUGAGGAGGGAGAUUGCUUUUAACUUGUCACUCAUCUACCAGGCCAGUGGGAACACAGAGGUGGCGCGGCAGCUCAUCAGAACCCAUUGCACAGUGUGACCCCCCGCCCCGCCCCGCCCCGCCCCCCGCCCUGUCUGGUGGGAAUGUUUCUUCUGGAUAGAAACCUAGAGCCUGGGUUGCAGAGGGGUGGUGUAGAUCUAAGCACACUAUUGUUAGAAUGGCCAAGUCACAGAGCAGACAGAGAUUCAGGCGAUGCAUUAAAGAAUGUGUGGCAGGGCUUUGAAAUCGCUGCAUCUGCACCUGGACCUGUGCAUGGAGACACAUCCCAGAGUCCUUGAUUCUACCACGGUACGAUUCACAGGCUGAAAACAAACACGCCACACUUUUCAGAUUUCCCAUGUCAAGGGACUCAAUAUGCUCACAAGCCACUAAAGCUGGACAAAAAUAAGAGCGUUAAGCUGAGGUGACGGCCGAUUGGACUUUUUCAGUCAUAAUUCCUCAGCUUGGGUUCGGUUCAGUCCGGUUUAGUGGUUCUAAAAGAACAGCGACAUGUUGGGACUCAGGAUUAACUCUCCACGCCCCCUUGGUUUUCUACUUUUCUGAAAUUUACACAAAGGAGACAUUUUGGAUGUUUCUGAAGAGCGGUUCUGUCAGCUUAUGAGAUAAAAGUCAAUGAAUUCCUCUCAUUUUGUACAAAUGCAGAACUUUUCCAGAAAGCUUAAAGCUGACAGGGGAAGAAAAUCAACAGCUUCUCCCUGGGUCCAUUUAAAUGUUUUUAAUCCAGUUAUUGCAUAACUGGUUUGUGCAAAUUUCAUAAUAUUAAAUAAAAAUUUGUAUUUUGGGGUUA